AUGGUGCAGAGGAGCUCACUUGUGCAGCUGGCGUGUCUUGUAGCAGCGCUUUACUCCAGCUGUGUGAGCACUCCAGUGAGCUCGGCUAUAGCCGCUGCUGCUCCUGCAGCUGCGGGCGAUACCGCCAUCGGUAGCGGGCACAACACCUCGAUAACUGCGGCUUCUCCUCCCCCGCUCUUUACUGUCUUCGGGUACUUGCCCGAGUACCGUCAGGACUCGUUCCACUACGAGGCCUUCUUCAACGCAGGGUUGACGCAUCUUAUCUUCUUCAGUGCCGAGGUGGACCCCGCAACGCUGCGUCUCAUCCAUGUGGAUGACCGGCUGCCAUCGGGCGACGAGUGGGCCCGGAUCCGCCGGCUGGCAGACCUGCACGGUGCACAGCUGAUGCUCUGCAUCGGUGGUGGUGGCCGCAGCGCGGGGUUUGCGGACCUCGUUGGGGACACGGUGCGGCGGCGAGCGUUCAUAGAGGAGGUGAACGCGGUGCUGCUGGCACGAAAGCUCGACGGCAUCGACUUCAACUGGGAGUACCCGCAGACGAUGACAGAGUGGUUGAACUUUGGCCGCUUCCUGAUGGAGCUCCGGUCUUCCCUGGGCUAUGCGGCUGCUGCAGGCGACGAACACGCAGGUAAACCGGCUGGUGAGCGGCGCCACCGCCUCCGAGUGCGGCGCGCUGUCUUGUCCAUGGCCCUCCAUCCCCACCCAUCUAUGGCAGCCGUACUGCAGUCCGCUCGCGUGCUCCACUCGCUCGACUAUGUGCACUUGAUGGCGUACGACCACGCUGUCGGGACCGGGCCACACAGCUCCGUCGAGUACGCCGCCUCAGUGCUCAGUGAGGGGACGAUCGGUCUCUUUAACGAGGGUAUAUACAACAGGCGUCUUGGGCAGAUGCACCAGCGGCCGCGCAUCAUUCAGGACCACCGCCGCAAGCUCACCCUUGGGAUCCCCUUCUAUGGCCGUCAUCGGGAGGACAGGCGACUACAGCCUGAGGCGUACGACCGGCUCUGGCUCUUCAUCCAAGAAUGGGCUAGCAAGAACCACCCGACAUGGGUCGAGGGAGGUGCGGAGCUGCGGGCAUUGAGCGAGUAUGGCGGGUACAGCUUCACCGGCUACGACGAUGUGAAGCGCAAGAUGCGACUGGCACGCGCUGCUAACUUGUCUGGGAUAAUGAUCUGGGAGCUGGGCCAGGAUGUGCCACCGGGGACUUCGCCCAUGUCGCUCAUGACUGCCGUUCACGAGCAGCUGGCCGACUGGGGGUUGCUGACUGACAGCAGACAUGGUAGUGGUGGCAACGUGAAUAGCGGUAAUGCAUACGAUUGUCCGCAACCACUGCCGCAGGAUUCAUCUCCCGACGUGGCUGAGGACCGCGAUCUAUGA